AUGGGUUUCACCGACUUCGUCUCCGAUGCUGGCCUCACCCUGCUUAACAACUGGGUGAAGACGCGCAGCUACAUUGUUGGAUACACCCCCUCCCAGGCCGAUGUCAAGGUCUUCCAGCAGAUCAAGACUAUCCCCGCUCCCGAGAAAUUCCCCUACGCAUGGCGCUGGUACAACCACAUGCUCACCUUCGAGAGCGAAUUCUCCUCGCUUCCUGGCGACCCAUCCAAGGAGGCCACCGCCUACGGCCCUGAGCAGUCUGAGCUUCCCGUGAACCCUGCCAAGGCCCCUGCUGCCGAGGAAGACGAUGACGAGGUCGACCUCUUCGGAAGUGACGACGAGGAGGAGGACGCGGCUGCCGAGAAGCUCAAGGCCGAGCGCCUUGCCGAGUACAACAAGAAGAAGGCUGGCAAGGUAAAGCCUGCUGCCAAGUCCAUCUGCACAUUGGAUGUCAAGCCUUGGGACGAUGAGACCGACCUUGAACAGCUCAAGGCCAACGUUAUCGGUAUCCAGAAGGACGGUCUCGUCUGGGGUGCUUCUCAGUUCGUUGCCGUUGGUUUCGGUAUCAAGAAGUUGCAAAUCAACAUGGUCAUCGAAGAUGAGAAGGUUUCCCUUCAAGACUUGCAAGAUGAGAUUGAGCUUGACGAAGACCACGUCCAAUCUACGGAUGUUGUUGCUAUGCAAAAGCUAUAG